AUGGAUCUAGUGGCCAGCGUGACGGGGGUUGUCAACAUCGCGCUCCAGAUACAGGAGCUGGUCGAGACGGUUCACCAGAAUAAGGACGACUGCAAGAAGAUCGCAACGCGUGUGGAAAGGCUCCGUGCUAUCGUCCAGUGUCUUCACGAUACGGAUGUCUCCAGCACGAAACCCAUGAUCGACGCACUCAACGAGCUCGAAGAGACCUUCCGUCGUGCCCUCAAGCUCGUCAAGGCCUGCCAGGCCAAGAACAUCGUUUGCCUUUUCCUCAGGGCCGGGAACGUAUCCAAACAGCUGCGUGAGGUCAAGGACGAGAUCAUGGAGCAUAUGCAUAUUGCAAACUUCAGCAACGGCGUCCAGCAAACCGUCAUGUACACCAGAGCAUAUAUUACAAAUCCGGCAGCGAUGCCAAAGAAACUUUUGAAAGUGCAGUCGAUGAAAGGGGAGCAAGAAAUCAGUGUGGUUGGCAGCCAUUUGGUGCGGCAGGACACAGAAAUUUGGGUUGAUGAGGAUGCUACUGGAGUGGAGGACGCGCAUGCCAGUUACUCAACCAAUGAUACUAGAUCUGAAGUUCGUGAUGAGCAAGAAGGUUUACCAGCAGGAAGCUUAGAGUAUAACAUAUCACGCUUCAAGAAUUUCAGUUUAUCUGAACUGAAGGCGUCUACAAAAGACUUGUCAAAUGACCAUGUGAUUGGAAGAGGUGGUUUUGUUACUGUUUACAAGGGUGUAUUAACCAAUGGAGCAGAGGUUGCCAUCAAGAUGUUCAUUGCAGGUCGUGGCCAAGAUGAUGGCUUAGCGCGUUAUGCUGAAGUUUUCUCGGUGAUCGGUGAGCAUGAGAAUGUAGUUAGGUUUCUGGGGUAUUGCCAUGAAAUGAAGAUUGAGUUCAUGCGAUGGGAAGACAAAUGUGUGCCUGCUGAAACACAUCAUAUGUUCGUGGUGGAGGAGUACAUGGCCAACGGAAGCUUGUCCAACAUUAUCCAUGGGUCCUCAUGGCAGCUGGAUUGGACCUCCACAUUUCGAAUCAUUCGAGGGAUUGCACAGGGCGUAGCUCACAUCCACACCAAAGGCACUGUCCAUUUGGAUCUGAAGCCAGACAAUAUCCUCUUGGAUUCCAACAUGAACCCUAAGAUCUGUGACUUUGGGCUGUCUAAGAUACUGAAUCAAGAUGACGAAUUAGGUGGUGAGGGAGUGACACGAGAGUUGGUGGGAACAAUGGGCUAUUUUCCUCCGGAAUAUAUUGCAGAUGGUAUUUUUUCAUUUAAAUAUGAUGUGUACAGCUUUGGCAUUAUCCUCGUCAAGACCAUUAGCAUGUCGGGACUUCUACAAGAUUCAACUGAUUGGGUUCAGUAUGCACAGGAAGGACUAGAUGAUGUGGAGGACUUGUUAGCUCCUUCAUUGCAUGACGAGCCCGAGCUAAAAGAAAUAAAAAGAUGCAUGAAGAUCGGAGUGCAGUGCGCAGCAAAGGAGCGGAUAGACAGGCCCACCAUGGGGGAUGUUGUUGACAUGCUAGACGGCAAUAAACAGCUCCAGAGGACCCCAAUGCGAAAUAAGGCUUCUUCGUUUAAGAAGAAAGGCAAGGCAUGA